CCUUGCUGAAACUCUCCUUGCGUGAGAAUUUCUGCAGAAUGGUCUAGCCCUGUAACUGCGGGACCCCGUGAAGAUUCUGUCAAAAGUGGCGAAUGUGGAUGAACUUUUUGCUUUGACUUCAGACUACUUGACUCAGAAGCAAAUAUCCAUGAGCAAAAUCCCCUCUGCGAUCCGCAAUGCCAUCUCAACAGGUUUCUUGUAAAGAUCAUUCACACGUGGCUAUGACUGGGUUCGUCGAUUGCCAAGGCGGCUGGAGUCCGGCUGGAACAACCGGGAUCAGCAUGGGUUCUUUUCUUCUUUCAUAUUUAAUCUCCGGCGCCUGGAACCCUUCUCUACCUCGGGUAACUCGGCUAUCAGAACCCCAUAUAGGUCCCCCUGGCAUGUUAAUGCACAUCCCCCAUGAGGGACCUGCCAAGAAGGGUUAUUCGCGCGGGAGGGCAGCAUGGCAUUGCAAAGUCAAAGAUGAACCAACAAUCAACAAAGCUUGCUAGUGCGCGGUGAGAGCUGAAGGAUCUAAAGCCUGCACUUCAUGGACUGUAGAUUGCAGGAACAGGGGCUUGUAAAUGCUAAAUUCUCGUGAAUAAAUACUCAUUCUGUCCCGCCUAACCACGCCACUUUGUCACUCAUUCCGCUCCAAACUACCCUCAAAAUGAAGUCCUUCGUCUCCUUGGCGCUUCUGCCUCUAGCACUUCUCAUCGAUAGCUCCAGCGCCACAAACACUAGCUGUCGCUGCCUCCCAAGCGACAAUUGCUGGCCUGCCGAUAGCGUCUGGGCCAAGUUCAACAGCACCGUCAGUGGUGCUCUCAUCAAGACUGUCCCCCUUGGCUCGCCAUGCCACGAUCCCAACUACGACGAGGCGGCUUGCGCUGCCGUCAAGGAUUCGUGGAAGUGGCCCAUGACACACAUCGAGACUUCAUCGUCGGUGAUGCAGAAUUGGUUCGCCAAUCAGAGCUGUGACGCUUUCACUGCGGAGGAGAAACCCUGCACCCUUGGAAACUACGUGAGCUACGCCGUCAAGGUCUCGAAUGCUCGCCAAGUAGCUGCCGCCGUUCAAUUCGCAAACUACUACAACAUCCGGCUAGUCGUCCGAAACACGGCUCAUGACUACUUUGGUCGAUCUACUGGUGCUGGCGGCCUCGCUAUCUGGACUCAUCAUCUCAAGAACACUGAGGUUGUUCAAUGGGCUGACAAGACUUACAACGGCCCUGCUUUCAAGCUUGGUGCUGGUAUCCAGGGCUUUGAUAGUGUUGAGUAUGCUGACUCUCAGGGUCUUACCAGUGUCCCUGGUGAGUGUCCCACUGUAGGCCUUGCUGGCUUCACUCUGGGCGGUGGUCACUCUCCUCUCAGCUCCAGCUACGGUCUUGGUGCUGACAACACCCUCGAGUUUGAGGUUGUCACCGCUGCUGGUCGUAUUGUCCGUGCCUCUGCCACCGAGAACAGUGACCUUUACUGGGCUCUCAGCGGCGGUGGUGGUGCCAGCUUUGGUAUCGUCACUUCUAUGACUGUUCGAGCUCACAAGACCACUACCAUUGGUGGUGCCACUCUUACGCUGGUUGCUGGCACUGACAAGGAUGUCUUCUACGAUGCUGUCACCAAGUUCCACGAGCUUCUGCCAGCCAUGAUUGAUCACGACGCUACAGUCACCUACAUCCUCACCAGCGCUUAUCUCUCCAUCAAGCCUGUCACCAUCGCCAACUCCACUGGCGACUAUGUCCGUGAUGAGGUUCUCGCUCCUUUCACAGCCUACCUCUCCAAGGCCGGCCUCACGCCCACCGUCUCAUACACCACCCUGAGCUUCCGCGACCACUACGAGCUCUACAAUGGCCCUCUGCCCGGUGGCCACCUGGAGGCCUCUCAGUUCCAGUUCGGCGGUCGUCUCAUUCCCCGAUCCGUUCUUGAGACUAACAACGUUGCUUUCAACAAGGCCCUCCGCAGCCUUGGUACCGCUGGUGUUCUCGUCGCUGGUAGCAGUGGCAAGUUCGAGAGCUACCCUGGCGUCUCCAAUGGCGUCCCUUCAUACUGGCGCAAGGCCGCUAUUUCCCUGCAGAUUGGAACUCUCUGGGACUCUACUCGCUGGGCUGACAUGAUCGCUGAUCAGAAGAAGAUCACCGAGGUUUACAUGCCCCAGCUUAAGGCUGUUACUCCCGGCAGUGGCACCUACAUGAACGAGGCUGACUUCAACGAGCCUGAUUGGAAGAACGUUUUCUACGGUACUAACUGGGACCGUCUGAAUGCUAUCAAGAGGAAGUGGGAUCCUAACUCCUUCUUCUAUAACUUCAAGGGUGUUGGAAGUGAGGCUUGGACUGUGGCCAAUGAUGGUCGCAUGUGCAGGGCGUAAGACUUGUAAUGACUUCUAUUAGCACAUAUUUCAAUUGUAUCAUACAAUUUAGCAUUCAUAACUUGCAUAGCAUGGGGUAUUAGCAUUCAACGGGGUAUAUAUUAUUAGAGUUCUUGAAGGCCUAUUACGAUACAG